ACGCAGAUGUUUUUUGUUUAUGUUUACGUUGAAAUUCCUGUUUCCUUUUUUUUGUUAUUGUUCGGAUUUUAUUGUUAAUUUGUUAAGUAUAAUUAUGAUUCGUAUGCCACAGCGAGAUACAAAGGCAAUCAAUUACUGAUAUGGAACCAAGGCAAUUUAAUAAGCUUUUGUGAUUCGAUCAGUUCGAAAUUUAUCAGACCCACAUUAAUAUCGUACAGCUAGUCGGGUUGAGUGUCAUGCAAAUAAAAUGCAUAACAUUAAGUAUCAUAGAUAUAUUUCAAAGAGUUAUUGUAACCAAAGUGAUCUCACGAAAAGCCUAGAAAAGAGCUCCAGUGAAAAUGUUUCUAGCAAAGCUCCUCCAAGUGAUUCCAAAUCAGACACAUUGAAAAAGAGCCAGCAAAUUGUAAAACCACCUAUUCCUCAAAACAUUCCCAAAGAACGUGCCGGUCUUUGGAUAGCAUGGACAUAUAAAAAAGAUCGAGAAGUAGUGCGAGAAGCUGCCUCAAAAGGACAUGUAGAACUCGCUGUUCAAUUUAUACAUCUCCGGAGAAACCUUGACGAAGAUAUCGUCAAAAAUUUCAUCAACACUGAGGUUCUUAUAUGGGUGGAUGAACUACUAGAUAGAAAACUUAUAUCUCGAGUUACAAUUAUUUUAAAACACAUCGGUUUAGAUCCGUUUCGCGAACUGCAACGAAUGUUUUAUGAAACAACCGACUCAGAUAGGCGACAAUAUAUAGGAAAUCAUCUGAGCGACAAAAAUGAAUUGUCGAGCAAUUAUAAAAGGCUUUGGACAUUUCUGGAUGUUGUCCUGGAUAAUAAAGUAUUGAGUCAGCAAUAUAGUUUGUUAUAUGAUAGUAUUGAGGUGUUGGAUAAAGUAUCUCAAGACUGGAAGGAUCAAACUGCUGUUAGAUUGUUCAUGGCGACUCAAGAUGCUCGACUUAUCCCGCUUAUUAAGGCCGAUGUACUAUGGGAGUACCUACUGAAAACCAAGGAGCUCGACUAUUUAAUAGCAUGGAUUCAACUUGCUUACUCGUCACAUACCAAGAUCUCUAACAUUCCCGAACCCUUCUUAUUAGUAUUAAAAUCAUUUGAGAUUACCGACGAUAUGAUUGACUAUCUUUCGGACUUAAUUUCUCCAAGCAAUCGAUACGAAGAAAUAUUGAAUGAAUUGGUUUUAUUUGGGCGUUUUAUUGACUCGGAAAGGAUGGAGUUUCUCAAAGUUUUAUCGAGAGUUAAUUCUGCUGAUAGUCUUAUAAAUAUCUACCAAAUUUUAGAACAACCGUACUCCAAUUUAUCAUUAACUGAGUUCACGUUCAUGCUUAUUGAUCAUUGCUUAAAUAACGACCUAUUAGUUGUCUUGAAUGCUUGCGCUGCUAACCUUGAUUUAUCGUUUUCCGAUAGUUUGAGUACAUGCGCUCAUCUGGAUUUGAUUGUCAACUUUAUUGAGCUAAUUUCGAAUUUGGACGAGGAACAUUUGGGUAUCAACAUUUUUAAAGUAUCUAAAUAUCUGAGCAAAGACCUUAAUAAGUUCUUAUGUGAUAAUCCGAUGAUAGUGUUCGCUUUAUUAUUAUUUUUUUCUGAUGGCACAACUUUCAUAAAUUCGAUGCAGGAGAAAUCUUUAGUUUUUCAUAAUAUUCAACUUUACGAUUGUUUGUCGAAUGCUAUGGGACAAUUCCGAAUGCUCUCUGACUUAUAUGUUCGCCACAGAGGAGUUAAAUGCAAUCUCACUUAUAUGGACUUGCUAGAGAAGAAAUUGGGUAUUGAAGUUAAGAAAGUGUUUGCGUUUUACUUUGAUCACAGUCCGUUGCCAACUUUCAGUUCAUCCGCGCCUAGGCCAGGCUCUGUUUAUUCCAAAAAAGUCACGUGUAGCUUUUAUUUGAAGCAUUGUCGUCCUAGCAUUGCAAGCCAGCUGUUUAAUCAGCAAUUUGGUCAUGACGAUGAAGCGAAAGUAAUGACUCAACAGAAAGUCUAUAAAAUCGCUAUGAAAAAUUUUCAAAAUCUACCCUUGGUCACUAGUUGUAUUUGUUUCCUGGGAAUGAUUGGAGCCAGUUCCCAAUGUAUACGAGUCAGUAUUAAGGCAGCGAAUAUAUUAUUCGAAUCAGGCAUGGACCAAGAUAAUGUGAUCUCAUUAUUUAUAAGCGCGGAACAACACCGAAGUAAAAUUCUGAAACUUUUGGAAAAUAACCUGCUGAAAUCCGUAAAUUUCACCAACAUGAUGUCCUCAGGAGAAGAGUUUGUUAGAGCUGUUAAACAAUAUGAUGUAGUAGUGAAUUUUAGUGAUUUGUCUGACACACCUUUGCCGAAUGGUUUGCUGAAAAAUCUGGCACAACGCAACUUAUGGUUUCCAUUUCUACUGUUUGCCCAAUUAAAAAACUACCCUAUUGAUCAGAUCAAGGAACUUUGUUCCCAUUUUAAGAACCCGAACCUACUCGAGCACAUAGUCCACAGCGUUUUACAUGAUAUCCAAAUUGAUGAUUCCAACAUUUUGAUGAAAGACAGAGAUUCUCGAAAGUAUCCCUUAUCGAAAUUAGUGCCUAAGAGCAUGGACGAGGGAAGUGACUCGAAGUUGUUGUUAAGUGGAAGUAUGGAAGGCAACUCGAGCAGUAACUCAGAAUUUUUGGAAAUCGAUCCUUCGAACACGAAAGUUACUCUGCUUCAGAUCUUGAUCAGGUGUCAUAAUAGUGCUGAUCCACCCAGAGCACUUUUACAAGCAAGCCAACUUUAUCGAAAUCCGUUACUGGCCAUUUUUGCUUCUAGUUAUGAGCCGGAUUCUGUGAUAACCAAUUGGUUAACCUGGUUGGCUGUGUCUACUGAAUUGUACGAGGCUUUCUCAAAUUUCGACCUAAUGUCGUCUUCUAGUCACCAGGUUACUUCCCUGCUAAAUAGCUGUAUGACACACCAGUUUCCGAAAACAUUGCUGCAAAGUUGCAUUAUUUUUAUACCCGAAAAUCCGUUAACGUCGUUUUGCGAUUUUCUAAAUCGUCUAAUAUUUAGAGACUAUGAAAUUGAAUGUCUUGCGGCAAAACUGAGCAAAUUCAAUAAGUUGAAGACCAGUAGGCGUCCCAGUACACUAAGCCAAACCGAUUAUGAAUUGACUUACAUGAGAAACAAAGUAUGGCUGGAAGAAACAGCGCUUCAGCUCUUAUGUUCUGCACUCGUUUACAACACAAAUUCGCUGUUUGAUCGGCUGCAGUUCGUGGAAGCGCUAUGUCUAGUGAACAUGGACACAUACUUUACUUGCCCAAUACCGAAUUUCAAGAGUUUGGCAGUGAUUUUGAAAAUCAUGUUUGAUACGGGUGUGCAUUUGGAUCUGAUUGGUUUUUUAAACGUAAACCAAGAAGAUGAUGCUGUGAAGAAUUGCAUCAAUGAGCUGAUCGAGUUAAAUUUAUAUAGUGAUGCAGUAACAAUUGCAAUAUGCUCCAAUAUCAAUACUGAUAGAAUCUUACUAAGUAAAUGGGAGAAAAGGCUUGAAUGCUCAACCGACUUUGAGGGUGAUUUAUUGGAAUGCGACAAAGAUUUUCAAGCUCACAACGUGUCCCCACAACAAGUGGUCGCCUUUUUGAUAGAGAGAAACAGCGCAAAUGAAUUUCAACAAUAUUGCUUACUGAAACUAAGUCACAAAUGGGCGGUAACCCACGAGUUGCCUAACAAAUAUGAAUUAGAGCAGAAAAAAAUAUCCUCCUACACCAAACUGGACACACCGAUCAGUAUUGACGAAUUAAAUGACGGAAGUGUACGCAAGGACUUCACAACAUAUAGCGAUAUGCUAGAUUUACUAGACAAAAUCAAGCCGCUCGACAUUGUGGUCACUCCUGAGCAAAUGAGAAUUCUUGAUGCUAUUUUCAUUCAGGCACUAGGCCAAAGAGAUUUUUGGUUGGCGUUAAAGUUGGAGAAAAUGUUCGGCUGCAAGAACAGUGACAUGGAGAUUCUGAAACUCUGUCAUGAACUAGCUGAAGGAAUGUUAAUGCCUUAUCAGCUUAACGAGGACCAACAGCAUAUUAUUGCCCGAGUUAAGGAAAUACAGCGUAUAAGGAGGAGGAGGAGUGCCUAUAUAAGCAACAGCUUUUCUGCAGAUGUAAAUUAUCUGGAACUAAUCGAAGAAGAAGAGAAUAAACAAGAAGAGCCUAUUCUAGCUACCCAAGGCCUAAUUCACUGUCUCAUCGAGAAACUACAUCAUGGAUCAGAAUUGGCUUAUUAUAUUUUUAUGAAGUAUAGAAUCAGUUACAAUAUUGAAUUGCCAUAUAAUGUCGUCGUUUCCAAUGUCGAUCCUAUGGUAAUGUUAAAAAUGGCAUUACAGGACGGUUCUUUUAACACCAUAGAAGUCGUUCAUGACUGUUUUGAGGUAUUUAAUUGGUCAAAAGAACAGAUGACAGACUUGAUAUGCGAUAGGUUUGUGGCGGCUGCUACCAAAUAUUCCCAAUCCAAAAUAGAAGUUUUUACAAUGUGGGGAAUUAACGUUGUUGAUCAAUUUCACUUAAUUUUGAACCUAAUUCGAGACGAGUGCUCUACUUUGGGAAACAAGUUUUACAACCACGCCACUGAACUUCAUAAAAAACAGAUGUUUGCCGAUGUAAAUUUCAAGAUAAGUGAAAUGGCACUAGUAGUUGAAUUGCUGAUUGCUGCACAUAGUUGUUUUACCGUGGAUUGUAACAUGGAAGGGAUUUCGAGUAUUUUAAAAAAAUGCCGAAAUGUAAUCGAUAAUUUAUUGCAAGUUAGAAGCUGGAAACUUAUUGUGCGACUACUGACAGGUGUAGGAAGAUAUACGGAACUUAAGUAUGUGUUCUAUGAACUGAAACGGAAUGAUCAGUUCGAGUUUUUGCUUAGUAAAGGUUCUAAACGGGAUGAAAGACUCAAAUUAGCAUGUAUCGAAUACCUGAAGAAAACUUGCCUACAGGAUAUGGAAUUGUACAAAUUGGUUGCAAUACAUUUCAACCUAUACUCGGAUGUAGCAGCUCUUUGGGAAAGAGAAGCUCAGGGACAUAUCAAAAAUUUGUUGCUUGUGUCGGAAAUAAUGAACGAUAAUCCGAAUGCGGCUGAUCCGAUGGAAUUCAUUUAUUUGAUCAAAGCGCCUGACACAGAUUUCCUCUUGAACAAGGCAAUGAAUAAAUACAUUCAAGCUGCUGAGUUUCAUGUUCAAGGCGAAAAACUAUCCAGCGCAAUGAAUGCCGCUCGUCAAGCUGAGCUGAUAGCUCUACAAAAAUCUCUUUUCAACUCCGUUCAAGAUAAUGAGGAAGUUCCUGCCAUAUUGAAUUUAACCACCAAGAAAAUUACUAAAUUGAUGUGCACAAGACUCAGUUUUCAUCAAUCCAAUAUACUUGCCCAAGCAUACAAUGUAUUUCCUGUAUGGCAGCGAAUCCUAUACGAACAAGUUAUAAAAAAUGAUAACAUAACAUAUUUUAACGAGUUUGCGGAAACGAUAGGUGUUACUGAUGAACUACUACAGGAUAUCGUCAGAAAAUGCCAACUAUUACAAGCACUGAAUGCCUCUCAGUUGAAGAACAUUAAAUAUAUGAUUGAACAAGUUGAGUCGUUACAUCUAAAGUAUCUUCUGGCAAGUGAAUUCGGUUUCAGCAACUUGGUUCAUGAUGUGAUUAAUAGUGACGAAAUCUAUUACUUGAAAGACACGGUAUAUAAAAGCGGGUACAAAGGUCAAAAUGCAUCCAAAUAUUCGUAAUCAGCGGGUCAAUUAUUGUAGAAAUGUCUGCUGCAAUCCAUUUGAAAACAGCACUGAUUUUAUUUACAUUUUAUUAGGACUAGUAAAACACUAUAUGUUUGAAAUUUUGUCGAUAUGAGAUUUAAGUGUAUCGCUUAUUUAAGUUCAAAUGCGUACAUUUUAUGAUUUUACGAAUAUGGUUAAUUGAUAUACACGUUGGUAUGGUGCUGUUCCAGAAAUUAACUAUAUCUCUUAAAGUUGUAGAACUCCGAGAGUUUUAGAUGCCAAAUGUUCCCAAUUGCUUUAAAGUAGCAAGCAGUUGAUAUUUUGUGUUAUUCGAAUUCAAGUUUUUAUGGUUUUUUCGUAUGUAUUUGCAACUGCUAAAUGUUUGUGUUUUAGUCUUUCAAUGCAUAAAAUU